GCGGGGAGGGCGGCUCCUCUCCGCUCGCCUCGGCUUGCCUUUGCCCGCGCCCAGCCCUGCGCGGGGGGAGCCGUCGCCGCUGCUCCUUUUGUGGCUGCGGCUCCCGUCUCGAAGAGGUUUCUGGUGCUGCGGCGUAACCGUGAGAGCUCGGCGGGCAGGCGAGCCCCGGCGCAGCGGCAGCCAUGGGGCUGCAGCCCCUGGAGUUCAGCGACUGCUACCUGGACAGCCCCUGGUUUAGGGAGCGGGUGCGAGCCCAUGAAGCUGAGCUGGAGAAGACCAAUAAGUUCAUCAAAGAGUUGCUCAAGGAUGGGAAAAACCUGAUCGCCGCCACCAAAAAUCUUUCAGCAGCCCAGAGAAAAUUUGCCCAUUCUCUGAGAGACUUUAAAUUUGAAUUCAUUGGCGAUGCAGAGACAGAUGAUGAAAGAUACAUAGAUGCGUCGCUUCAUGAGUUUUCAAACUUUUUAAAAAAUCUGGAAGAACAAAGAGAAAUUUUGGCACUCAGUGUUACUGAAACUCUGAUCAAACCUUUGGAAAGAUUUAGGAAAGAGCAGCUGGGAGCUGUAAAGGAGGAAAAGAAGAAGUUUGAUAAGGAGACAGAGAAAAACUACAGUUUGUUAGAAAAGCAUUUGAGUUUAUCAGCUAAGAAGAAAGAGCUGCAAUUACAGGAGGCAGAUAACCAAGUGGAGCAGAAUAGAAAACACUUCUAUGAGCUGUCCCUCGAGUAUGUAUGCAAGUUGCAAGAGAUACAGGAGCGGAAGAAAUUUGAGUGUGUGGAACCUGUGCUGUCAUUUUUCCAGGGUUUGUUCACGUUCUAUCAUCAGGGAUAUGAACUUGCUAAAGACUUCAAUCAUUACAAAAUGGCCCUGCAGAUAAAUAUACAAAAUACACGGAAUCGUUUUGAAGGAACAAGGUCGGAAGUAGAGGAGCUCAUGAACAAGAUCAGAAGAAAUCCUCAGGAACACAAAAGAGCAAAUCACAUCACGAUGGAAGGCUAUCUUUAUGUACAGGAAAAAAGGCCUGCUCCCUUUGGUUCCAGUUGGGUGAAGCACUAUUGCACGUAUAGGAAAGAGACAAAGAAGUUCACCAUGAUCCCAUUUGAACACAGAUCAGGAGGGAAAGUUGGUGAUGAGGAGCUCUUUGUCCUUAUGUAUUGUACCAAAAGAAAUACAGACACUAUAGACAGGCGAUUCUGUUUUGACUUAGAAGCUUCAGACAGGCCUGGGGUUCCUGUUACCAUGCAGGCGUUCUCUGAGGAGGACAGGAAGCUGUGGAUGGAAGCCUUGGAUGGAAAAGAAGCCCUGUUCAUCAGUUCGAAUAGAGCGACUGCAAAACGAGAGGGAAGUGCACAAUUGGAUAAGAUAGGGUUCACUGUCAUCAAAAAGUGCAUCAGUGCUGUUGAAACACGAGGUAUAAAUGACCAAGGAUUGUACAGAGUUGUGGGGGUGAGUUCAAAGGUCCAGAGACUUCUGAGUUUGUUGAUGGAUGCAAAAACAUGCAAUGAAGUUGACUUGGAAAACUCUGCAGAUUGGGAAGUGAAGACAAUUACUAGUGCUAUGAAGCAAUAUCUGCGAAGCCUUCCAGAGCCACUGAUGACAUACGAGUUGCAUGGAGAAUUCAUCAUUCCUGCCAAAAGUGGGAGUCCUGAAUCUCGAGUUAAUGCUGUUCACUUCUUGGUCCAUAAACUCCCUGAAAAGAAUAAAGAGAUGCUGGAAAUUUUGAUGAAACAUUUAGCGAAUGUUUCAAAGCAUUCCAAGAGGAAUCUAAUGACUGUGGCAAAUCUAGGGGUAGUAUUUGGACCAACCUUAAUGAGGCCACAGGAAGAAACCGUAGCAGCUAUCAUGGACCUGAAGUUUCAGAAUAUCGUUGUCGAAAUCCUGAUAGAAAAUCACGAGAAGAUUUUCAAAACCCUGCCUGAUGCCACUUUCCCUGAGCCAAUCUCUGUGUCAGUAUCUCCUCCAAAUGCCCCACCAAGGCAAUCAAGAAGACAAGGGCAACGUAUCAAGAGGCCUCUGGCUGUGUACAAUCUCUGUCUUGAGCUGGAUGAUGCUGACAGUCACAGUUCUCCCAGAGAAGACACCCCAACUGGGAGUAUGGAUUCUCUUUCUUCCCAGUCUCCGACACCCACCUUCUCUAGCAGCCCCCCCGGGCUCCUGGACGGAAAUCACCUUAUUAUGGACAGCGGGGAUCUUGCAGGCUGGGCAACAAAUCUUCCUGGUCAAGGCCGCCCAUCAAUGGUCUCGUGGAUGAACUCUCCGUCUGCUAACCCAGCUGCCACAAAUCCUGCACCAUCCACUUUCUUCUUCCCCACCCCCGCCACUGGGAGUGACAGAGCAGGGGAAAGCAUUGCCCACCGAAAAGCAAGAGCAGUUUAUCCAUGUGAAGCAGAACAUAGCUCCGAAUUAUCAUUUCAGAUAGGAGCAAUUUUUGAAGAUGACCUAAAACUGUACAGGGAAAACUCUGGUGCAUGCAGGACAAGAUCCGAUGGCACGGAAGAGAGACAUUUCAAAGGCAGAACAGCAAUGGUUGCACGCCUGUUGUGUUGGCAUGGGAUAAGAAAGUCUUGCAAGAAGCAAUUGCUUCUGUAUUUUGCGUGUUUGUGUGAAAGCACCAUUAAGAUUCUUUUCUUGUGCAAUGUGAUCUCUGGAAGUAACGGCAAAGCCACCAUGGUGUUGGUGCAUUGCAGCCUCAGUGAGUUUUUCAACUAGAGAGCUGGAUUGUCCAUGAACAAGUACUGAAUUGGACUCUUUGGCAGCUUCUGCAGAAAUGUUUCAACUGUAAGGCUCUUUUUGCAUUCAUCAUACAAAUAAGGUUGGAAGCUUGGGAAAAUGUUACAUGGAUUGCAUUUUGAAAACCUAAUUGCAGUUUUCCAGUGGGAAAGAUCACAUUUCCUUAAAAACAUUUGUUUUGAUUUAUUCCACUGCAUCCUGGUUAUUUUACAAGCGUUGUCCUUGCCUUGCAGGGCUUUUGGCCUAAGGUGGUUUGCAGAUUGGCAGAAAAAAGGACAGCAUGCGAGUAAUAACGCAGUAAAUGGAUGUACAUAAUAACUGAAUGGUCAGUCCAUAGUGGUUCCCAAUAGAUUAUGUCAUGGAUGUCCCGGCCAGUAUAGGGAAGUAUUCUCAUUGAAGUGCAGACCAGUCUUCAUAUUUGAAACUUCUGAAGUGGCUCACAGGGCCUUUUCUUUAUGCAGUGGGCACCCCUGUGUCUAUGCUGCCAUCAGAUCCCAGUGAAUCAAUCCAGGUUCCUUAGCUACUCAAUUUAAAUUCCCAUAUGCCCUAAUAAAGCCCCCAAAUGAAGAAUUAAAGUAGCAAUACAUCAGUUCUGCAGCUCUACCAAUAACCUUAACUAUCAAAGUGACAAUGCAUCAAUCAAAUUGACAUACAGCUAGUAUCAGCCAUUAAAGUAACUGUUAAAUUUAUGUCUACUAAAAAGUGCUGCUUCCAUUAGUGAAGGUUUUAUCUGUCUCUCUUCACACUGCCUGUUGCGCUUUUCUAAUCUUCUUUUAUUUCUCACUGUUUGUUGGGUUUUCUCCUUUCUCUUCCUUCUCUCUUCUGCUUUGUUUCCUUCCCUUUUUCAUUUCCCUCCCCUGUUCUUCUUCCGUAUCAUCUCUGUUGGUCCAUAGAUAUUGAUUGCAGCAGUUCUCUCUUACUUGUUGUUAUCCUAGAUGAAUCUUUCUGGCUGCUUCAGCCUGAGACAGAGUAAAGGCAUUUAGUCAGUCUUGCACCUGUCGUAGCUGCUAAAUGUAAUGUUGGUGCAAGAAGGUGAGAGUUUAACCUUUACUCCAUUUCCUGUAUCUAAUAGGGAAAAAAUGUGUUUUGCAUCUCAGGCUAUCAAGGUUAGAUUUACUAAUACUUUAAUUUAAUCUUUACAUCAGCUGAUAGGAAUGUGUACAGAAUCUGAAUAUUUGGAUAUUCAGUUGUUUUCAGUAUUGCAUGUACGUUGUGCUACUGCAAAUCCCAGAGUCUUUCCAUUAAAGUGUCAUGGAAUACAAACACUAAGGCGCCAUCUGGUAAGUUAAAAAGAAAAAGCAAAGUUUCCUAUUUAAUUGAAUUGUGUAAGAAAAUGAAUAAUGUAAUCUGAACAAUACCCACUGGAUUUAAAAAAAAAAAAUAAAUCUUCAAUUCAAUUUA